AAAUUUUAUUCAAAGUUCGUGUAAUUUGGAAGCAAAGAGGAAAGUUACGAGAAAGUGCAGAUAAAAAGAACAGAUUUAUAGGAUUGCAACAAAAUGGCUGCGCCCGGUAGAAAAUACAGGGAAAAAUAAAGAACGUGAAAAAUUAGAUGUUUCUAUAAGAAUAAUAUUGAUAAUAUAUGCAAAAUGUUUGCUGCCGGUAGAAUUGUAUUUAAUUGCACGAGCCGUGCAAUAACAAGAUGUAACAUAAAAGUUUCUUUAAAGAAUCAAGCUCCGUUGGUAGCCUGUGUACAUAAUUUAGUCACCAAUAAGCCAACAUCAUUCAAGGAAACAGUAUCAUCAGCUAAUAGGUAUGUUUCUAGAACGCACACAUGUGGUGAGCUCACACUUAAGAAUCUCGGAGAAAAAGUACAGUUAAACGGCUGGAUGGAAUUUAAGAGAAUGGACAAAUUUAUAAUAUUACGAGAUUCUUAUGGUUCAACCCAAUUACUUAUACCAGAAGAUAGAAAGGAUUUGGCAGAAGCUAUACAAGAUAUGCCUUUUGAAAGCGUUCUGAGUAUAGCAGGCAGGGUUGCGCCGAGACCUAAGGGCCAAGAGAACAAGAAAAUGAAAACUGGUGACAUAGAAGUAUAUAUAGAAUCCUUGGAGAUUCUAAAUGUGGCGUCUUCUAAUUUGCCAAUAUUUAUCAGAGAUUACAAUAAGGCAACAGAGGUCCAGCAAAUGAAAUACAGGUAUCUCUCGCUGAGAUAUCCCGAAUUUCAGAGGAAUUUGAGGAUGCGUUCACAACUUAUAAUGAAGAUGAGAGAAUUUUUAAUCAACGAAUGCAAUUUUGUGGAUAUCGAGACACCGACACUUUUCAAAUAUACCCCAGGGGGUGCUCAAGAAUUCAUAGUACCCACGAGACAACCGGGUAAAUUCUACUCGUUGGUGCAGAGUCCUCAACAGUUCAAGCAGCUGCUCAUGGUGGGUGGUUUCGACAGAUACUUCCAAGUUGCUCGGUGUUACAGGGACGAAACCGCCAGGCACGACAGACAGCCAGAAUUUACACAGUUAGAUAUCGAAAUGUCGUUCGUCGAUCAGGAAGGAGUGAUGAGCCUGAUUGAAAAUUUGCUGAUAUACUCGUGGCCGGAAAAUUUAGGUUCAAUAGAAAUACCUUUCAAGCAUAUGACGCACAAAGAUGCAAUGGAUUUAUACGGCACGGACCAGCCAGAUUUGAGAAUACCGUAUCAGAUACGAAAUCUCACACACUUGGUUAAUCCAAUUAUGCUGAAGGAAACCAUGAAAUUGCAGGAUGACGAGCAGAAGGUGUAUGCGUUGGUUUUUCCGAAUAAAUCGAAACGACUGACAAAAUCUGUCAGAGAUGAGCUCUUGAAGAUGCGUGAUGUCAAGUUUUCUGCCGCGAAGCUGGUUUUAUUGAAAACCGAAAGCAAUUCUUGGAGAGGUCAGUUAGAAAAAUUGUUCUCCAAAAAUGCAACAGAAGAUAUAGUGCAGUUCUGCGAAUUGCAGGAAGGAGAUGCAGUAUUAUUAGCAAUCGGACAUCAUAUCGACGCGUUGAAACUCUUAGGAAAGCUACGCGUUGAGCUGACGAAUUUGUUGGAAGCGAAAGGCGAACAGAUACGUUCGUCCAAGACGGAAUUCGUGUGGAUCACGGAUUUCCCGUUGUUCACAUUCGAAAAUAAGCUAGAAUCGACACAUCAUCCGUUUACGCAACCUCAUCCGGACGACCUCGGGUAUCUCGCGAACGACCCUCUGAAAGUUCGAGGCUUGCACUAUGAUCUAGUGAUGAACGGAUCGGAAAUCGCUGGCGGUUCCAUACGAAUCCACAAUGCUGAUCUCCAACGUCGGAUAUUGAACAUACUGGAUAUCGACGAAACGAAGCUCUCGCACAUGCUCGAGGCUCUGACAUACGGAGCUCCGCCGCACGGUGGGAUAGCUUUAGGAUUGGAUCGCCUGGUCUGCAUGCUCUGCAAUGCGAGAAGCAUAAAGAGCGUCAUAGCUUUCCCAAAGUCGACGGAGGGACAAGAUCUCAUGGUCAGAGCGCCGGACGUCAUUUCGGACGACUUGAAGACAUUGUAUAACAUACAAACUAUAGACAAACGAAAUGUCGCAGAGUGAGAGAGGUGAUUUUUACACGAUUAUCAAUUGAGAUUAACUUGCGCAUCGCACAGCAGACAUUGGGAGGAUGUAAUCAGAGAACGGGGUAAAUAGAAAGACGAGAGAUAGAUGUACAAAAAAAGUGUUUUAUUGUUUCGAGUAAACUCUCGUGCGUUCAAUCGAAAUGGUUCUACAGAAAAAUAAAAAAUACAAUUUUGCUUGCGCGCUAA